AUGGACAAAUCAGAGCAAGGUUUACAGGAAGAUUUUUUGAAUCCUUUGACGUCAAAUGGUAUUCCACCGCAUGAAUUUAAACUUAAGAUUAAUUGUCCUGUAAUGUUACUACGAAAUAUCAAUCAUUCAGAAGGAUUAUACAACGGAACACGCCUUACUUGUCGAAAAUUUGAAAAAAAUGUAAUUGUCGCUGAAAUCACAGCUGGCGAAUAUUUUGGAAAAUAUGUAUUCUUGCUGAGGAUUCCUUUUAUACCCCUUCAGAAACCCAUCUUCUAUCAUGGUCAGCUUUAUGUAGUAUUAUCAAAAGCAAAAAGAAGUACAAAUAUAAAAGUUCCGCUUAAUCCAACAAACACAGAGAAUUCACACAGCGGAUGUACUAAAAACAUUGUUUACAAGAAAAUCCUUUCGUUCAUACAUCAGUAG